UCAUUGAAAACUCAGUUGCUCGCAGAGCGCCGGAGCGGAGACUGCUUUCAGCUUUUCUUCUGCUCACUGCUAAAAUCUCCUACGGAGAGCUGCAACAAUGCCCAAAAGAAAGGCUGCAGGUCAAGGCGACUCAAGUCAGGAGCCAAAGAGAAGAUCAGCCAGACUGUCUGCUAUGCCUGUGCCUAUUAUGCCGGAGUUGAAGCCCAAAAGAUCAACUCCCAGGAAAACGAGAAAAGAUGAUACGAUGGAAAGCACUGCAAAUACAAGUGCCCAAAAAAUAGCUGAACCCAAGCAAGAAGAAUUUGUUAAAGAAGAACACAGCAAUGACAAUGCUAAAAAUGGAGAAGCCAAGAUUAUGAAGGCUCCUGUUCUGGAAAAAGAAUUUGAGGAAAUAGAAGUUGUAAACAUUGAUGUUGAAGAAGAGGAAGGAGAAAAGGGAGAAGCAGUGGCAUCAGAAGAAAAGAAAAACAAAAAAGAAGAUCCAAACAAGGAAGAAGAGAAAGGAGAAGAUGGAAAAGAAGACAAAGAUGGAAAUGAAGGAAAAGAUAACAAAGAGGAUGAAGAAGGAAAAAAGAAAGAAGAUGAUGGAAAAGAGGAAGGAGACCAAAAAGAGAAAGGAGAUAAAAAAGAGGAUGAGGAUGGAAAAGGGAAAGGAGAUGAAAAAGGCGGCGAUGGUGGAAAGGGGGAAGGAGAAGGUGACAAAGAAUCUGAGGAUGAAAAAGAUAGAGAAGAUGAUAAAGAAGAUGAUGACAGAAAAGAAGAAGGAGAUGGAAAAGAUGAUGAAGAUGGAGAAGAUGAUGAAGACAGAGAAGAUGAUGAAGACGAAAAAGAUGAAGACGAAGAUGAUGAUGAAGAUGAAGAUGAGGAGAUAGAUGGAAAAGAGAAGGAAGAUGACACAGAUGACAAAGAUGGAAAAGAGGAAGGAGGAAAAGAGGAGGAAGAUGGAAAAGAAGAAAAGGGAAAAGGAGAUGGGAGAGAUGGAAAGGAAAUUGAAAAGAAGGCUGAGGUUGAAAAAGAAGGUGGAGAGCCUCAGAGUGUUGUUUAAAGCUGCCCUAUGUAGUUUCAUAAUUUGGUAAUAUGUACCUCCAUGUUGUAAUGUUAAUAGAGAUAAAUAUUUUUAUCAAAUAUUUUAUA